AUGCGUCUCGCAAAUCUUUCCAUAUUCACCGGCCUAGCCGCCAGCGCUUCCUUCGAGACCACUCUCGCCGCAGCCGACUUCAGCGACGAAGCUCAAGUCCCGCUGAAAAACUCUAACCAUGUUUUCAACGCCAUCCAUUCGUCCAUGCGACAGUGGGGCUCCUCCUUAAGCCACAAUGGCAUGUCCUUCUUCCUGGCCUCAGUCCCCGAGGGCACUCAGUUCUACCAUGGCAGAUCUAGCAACGAGUCUGUCAAGGGCAUGGAAUGGCUUGCGUUUGAGCCUGAGCAUGCCCUGGUCUUUGCUAGGCCUCAUGGCCCGCCACCAGGAAAAGGCAAAGGUCCCGGCCGUGGCGGCCCGGGCCGAGGCCCUCCUCCUGGACAAGGACCUCCACCACCAGUUCCCGCAGCAGAGAUGAGCUCGGACCCCAAGGGACAUCAUGGAUGGGACAAGCCACCGCACCACGGCGAAGAUUACCGCCCGGACUGGGUGCGUCCCGGCUGGGAGAGGCAUCACGGAGCUGACCGCCAAGCACCCAUGGAGAAGAGGGAUCUCAAGGCCAAAGAUGACAGUGCUGGCGGUUAUCUGCAUACCUACCGCACCAAGCACAACUUAUCCCUUCUUUACAUCGAUGGUAUGUCUGCCGGAAAGACGCAGAAAGGAACCCUCGACUCCACCGAUGCCAUCUUGCUCCAGGUGGACAUCGAAGAGCACAAUCAGCACAUGUGGGACUUCGAGCGUGGCCAAGCUCUCUGCAACCUGACCCGUGACGAAUGGGGCAACCGCGUUGAUGGCUUCCUGCGUAUGGAGAUGGGCUUCGAGAUCAUCCUGUGCGACUUCGAGAAGCACCUCGAUGUGGAGCGCGUCACUCAGACAGCUGGCCGGAGAUCCGAUGAUCAUGGACCGCCCAGAGGCGGUUUCGGCGACAUGACCUAUUACCGCGCCGUGGCAUCUCGAUUCGACGGUAUUGGUGGCAACCGCGUGUCUGUCAACUACGACGACUUCGUCACCGCCUUCACUUACGAUGUUGACCUCUUCGACGGCGAGCCUCUGCCGCGCCUCGUCAAUGUCUCCAAUGAGACGCUAACUCGGAUGCACAAUGAUGUGACGCAGCUUGUCAUGUCCCGUCCAUCUCCGGCGUAUGGCAAGAUCCCACCGACUACGAACUGGCAGGCUGUGGCAGACUUGAUCGUUGAGCGUUACUCUGACCGGAUUGAGUAUCUCGCCUCGAUAUCCGAUUUGGAGACCCUCCAGUGGGAAGCCGAGCAAGCCCUCAAGCCGUACAUUGACUACGGAGCUCGUGACAGUGCUGCAGAGAUUGAGCGCUGUGCUGCUCAACACCUGCCGGUCUCCUCCUUGACGUCCCUCUCCACUGCUCCAAUUGCUGCUCAGGCUAUCCACGCUGUGGCUACCUCCAUCUGUAGCACGCUCGUCUCCAUCGCCAACGCCACCGAUGUAAACAGCGCCACGUCUGCCAUACAGGAUUUGGUGUCGUAUCUCCAGUGGACCACAUGGAAGCGCUGCCGUGGUUGCAGCGCUGCCGAAGUUUGCUUCAUUCCCAUCUGGCCUGCUGGCCGCAAGCAAGACUACGAGAAUCCUCAGUGCCAGAGCAGCCUCCCGAGCUCGCGCGACCGCGAUGACUCCUACUGGGGUGGUUGGGGGCCAGGACCUAAGCCUCCGAAGGAUGGAAAGGGCAGAAUUCAACAAGAAAAGUAUCCGGCGCCACCUCCAUAUGGACCGUACCCGCCGCCUCCCCACGGUCACUACCCACCGCCGCCGCCUCACGAUGAUAACUUUCCGCCGCCUCUGCCCCCUCACGGCGACUUCCCCCCGCCCCCUCACGGCGACUUCCCCCCGCCCCCUCAUGGCGACUUUCCUCCGCCCCCUCAUGGCGAUCAUCCUCCCCCGCCGCCUCACAACGACAACUUUCCGCCGCCUCCUCCGCCGCCACAUGGCGACCAUAUUCCCCCGCCUCCGCCUCAUGGCAACCACGCUCCCCCACCUCAUGGCGAGCAUCUUCCCCCGCCUCCCCCACCGCCUCAUGGUGAUCACUUUCCACCGCCUCCCGGGGACCAUCCUCCACCUCCUGACCGGGACCAUCACGGUCCAAGGUGGUGGUGA